GAGGAGAAACCCGGGUCGCCGCCGCAGCCACCGCCGCCUCCUCAGCCUCCCGGUCUCCGUCCCCGCCCCCUCUGUCGCCUCUCGGGGAAAGGGGGGACGCAGGGGGCUUCGCGGGGCCCCGGCGGAUGCGCCCCCCGCCACCUCUCGGGCUGCGCCGCCUCGCGGGGAUGAAGCACCGGCCGUGAAGAUGGAGGUGACCUGCCUUCUACUUCUGGCGCUGAUCCCCUUCCACUGCCGGGGACAAGGAGUCUACGCUCCCGCCCAGGCUCAAAUCGUCCACGCGGGCCAGGCGUGUGUGGUGAAGGAGGACAACAUCAGUGAGCGCGUCUACACCAUCCGGGAGGGGGACACCCUCGUGCUGCAGUGCCUUGUCACCGGGCACCCUCGGCCCCAGGUGCGCUGGACCAAGACUGCGGGCAGCGCAUCCGACAAGUUCCAGGAGACGUCAGUGUUCAACGAGACGCUGCGCAUCGAGCGCAUCGCACGCACACAGGGCGGCCGCUACUACUGCAAGGCUGAGAACGGCGUGGGCGUGCCCGCCAUCAAGUCUAUUCGUGUGGAUGUGCAGUACCUGGAUGAGCCUGUGCUGACGGUGCACCAGACGGUGAGCGACGUUCGAGGCAACUUCUACCAGGAGAAGACGGUGUUCCUGCGCUGUACUGUCAACUCCAACCCGCCUGCCCGCUUCAUCUGGAAGCGGGGCUCCGACACCCUGUCCCACAGCCAGGACAAUGGGGUCGACAUCUAUGAACCCCUCUACACCCAGGGGGAGACCAAGGUCCUGAAGCUGAAGAACCUGCGGCCCCAGGACUACGCCAGCUACACCUGCCAGGUGUCUGUACGCAACGUGUGCGGCAUCCCGGACAAGGCCAUCACCUUCCGGCUCACCAACACCACGGCACCACCAGCCCUGAAGCUGUCUGUGAAUGAAACUCUGGUGGUAAACCCUGGGGAGAAUGUGACGGUACAGUGCCUGCUGACAGGCGGUGAUCCCUUACCCCAGCUGCAGUGGUCCCACGGGCCGGGCCCGCUGCCCCUGGGUGCCCUGGCUCAGAGCGGCACCCUCAGCAUCCCUUCAGUGCAGGCCCGGGACUCUGGCUACUACAACUGCACAGCCACCAACAACGUGGGCAAUCCUGCCAAGAAGACCGUCAACCUGCUGGUGCGAUCCAUGAAGAAUGCUACGUUCCAGAUCACCCCAGAUGUGAUCAAAGAGAGUGAGAACAUACAGCUGGGCCAAGACCUGAAGCUGUCAUGCCAUGUGGAUGCGGUGCCCCAGGAGAAGGUGACUUACCAGUGGUUCAAGAAUGGCAAGCCGGCACGCAUGUCCAAGAGGCUGCUGGUGACCCGAAACGACCCUGAGUUGCCUGCCGUCACCAGCAGCCUAGAGCUCAUUGACCUGCACUUCAGUGACUAUGGCACCUACCUCUGCGUGGCCUCCUUCCCAGGGGCACCAGUGCCUGACCUGAGCGUCGAGGUCAACAUCUCCUCUGAGACAGUGCCGCCCACCAUCAGCGUGCCCAAGGGCAGGGCCGUGGUGACAGUGCGGGAGGGCUCGCCCGCUGAGCUGCAGUGUGAGGUUCGAGGCAAGCCGCGGCCGCCGGUGCUCUGGUCCCGCGUGGACAAGGAGGCAGCGCUGCUGCCCUCGGGGCUGCCCCUGGAGGAGACUCCGGACGGGAAGCUGCGGCUGGAGCACGUGAGCCGCGACAUGAGUGGGACCUACCGCUGCCAGACGGCACGGUAUAAUGGCUUCAACGUGCGCCCCCGCGAGGCUCAGGUGCAGCUGAACGUGCAGUUCCCGCCGGAGGUGGAGCCCAGCUCCCAGGAUGUGCGCCAGGCGCUGGGCCGGCCCGUGUUGCUGCGCUGCUCGCUGCUCCGAGGCAGCCCCCAGCGUAUCGCCUCGGCUGUGUGGCGCUUCAAAGGGCAGCUGCUGCCUCCGCCGCCGGCUGUCCCCGUCGCCGCCGAGGCUCCCGACCACUCCGAACUGCGCCUCGACGCCGUCACCCGCGACAGCAGCGGCAGCUACGAGUGCAGCAUCUCCAAUGACGUGGGCUCGGCCACCUGCCUCUUUCAGGUCUCGGCCACAAGCUGUCCAAGAACUACUCCUAUGUGCUGCAGUGGACCCAGAGGGAGCCUGACGCUGUCGACCCCCUGCUCAACUACAGACUCAGUGUCCGCCAGUCUCACCAGGGCCUGGGCUGGUGCUCUGGUGGAGGGUGUGGCCCGCUGGGCAUCUGGGAACUCCCUGUAUCUACAGUUGAAUCAGCACAACGCCAUGGUGAAGGCCAUCCCAGUGCGGCGCGUGGAGAAGGGGCAGCUGCUGGAGUACAUUCUGACCGACCUCCGUGUGCCCCACAGCUACGAGGUCCGCCUCACACCCUACACCACCUUCGGGGCUGGUGACAUGGCCUCCCGCAUCAUUCACUACACAGAGCCCAUCAACUCUCCCAACCUGUCAGCAGACAACACCUGCCACUUUGAAGAUGAGAAGAUCUGUGGCUACACCCAGGACCUGACAGACAACUUUGACUGGACACGGCAGAACGCCCUCACCCAGAAUCCCAAGCGCUCCCCCAACACCGGUCCCCCCACUGAUAUCAGCGGUACCCCUGAGGGCUACUACAUGUUCAUUGAGACAUCAAGGCCUCGGGAACUGGGGGACCGAGCCCGUUUGGUGAGUCCCUUGUACAAUGCCAGCGCUAAGUUCUACUGCGUCUCCUUUUUCUACCACAUGUACGGGAAGCACAUUGGCUCCCUCAACCUCCUGGUGCGGUCCCGGAACAAAGGGGCCCUGGACACGCACGCCUGGUCCCUCAGUGGCAACAAGGGCAACGUGUGGCAGCAAGCCCACGUGCCCAUCAACCCCAGUGGGCCCUUCCAGAUUAUUUUUGAGGGUGUUCGAGGCUCUGGCUACCUGGGGGAUAUUGCCAUAGAUGACGUCACGCUGAAGAAGGGAGAAUGUCCCCGGAAGCAGAUGGAUCCCAACAAAGUGGUGGUGAUGCCAGGCAGUGGAGCCCCCCGCCAGCCCCACCCACAGCUCUGGGGGCCCAUGGUCAUCUUCCUCUUGGCGUUGCAGAGAUGAUGAGAGCUGCGUGGCCCCCCCCCCACCCGGCCCCCGGCACACCAAAGUGUCCGCAUCGUACCAAAGACUGACCCCCGCCAGCCGGGGUGCCCAGGGGCAGGGCCGGCCCGCCAGGGAGGGGGCCUGCAUUGGCUGCGAGGAUGAGCAGAGAACAAGGACAGAGGCCCGGCGCUGAGGCCCCGGAGACAGUCGUUUGACACACGCACACACUCACACACUCACACUCACACACACAGAGAUAUAUUAAAGCACAAGUUUCUAUCCGACCUGCCAGCACCUUCUUUUCUGCGGAGACAAGGGACUCGCCCGAAUGGCGUCCACCACCCCAGAGACCUCGGCGCCACAUAGGCCUUGUCCAACUGCACCUGUGGCGUGUUUCUGACCUUCCCACAUUCCUAACUCAAGGCUGAGCCCCGGCCCAGUGGCUUUACCAGACGGGAGCCAGCAGAGGAGCAGACUCAGGAGCCCCACCCUUGGCUGGACUCUGGGACUCCCUGGGAUGGGGGAGGCCAGGGGGUACUUUGUGAGCUCCGUGAAUGUCCCCGUGCAGGUGAUGGCGAGGGAGGUCAGGCGCCUGUUGCACGCACCUCUGUUUACAGGGCGAGAGCUGGAAGGUGGAGAUCCCAGGUCGCCCUGAUCCCUUGACCUGUUCCUUGGACGUCAUAUCUCACCUCGAUGUACCCUUUUGAAGGGACCCAGCACAGGGUCCUGGGCCUGGGCAGUCUGAAGACUGACACUUUCCCUUCUACCCCAUCCAACCCCCACCCCACCCUACGAGGAGCUGGAUUCCUGAGAGCACAGUCCCCACCCUAGUCAGCUGGCCUGAAUUCAGCACCCACCUGCGUCUCCGAGGAGCCAGGAGGGGUUGGAGGCCGGCUGUUUUCUGGGGUGAGGCUUGACUUUGAGAGGGGCAGAGGAGAAAGCCUGCUUUUGUGAGUUUGUGCCCCCAUGGCAUUUGGGAAUAGAGUGGAAACUUCAUUUCUUAUACACUUGGCAUGAAGGAGUGCCCUGGAUAGGAGGGUAUACAUAGAGGGGGUGCCCCUGAAAAGCACUGUCUAGUUGGCUGCUCCUUUCCCUGCCCAGGGUCAGUGAAGGGGGGGGGGGGGGGGGUGUGGUGGUUUGUAGAGCAGCAGCAGAGGGUGGGGCAGUUGCUGGCCUCCAUGUUGCCUGGGAGCCGAGCUCAUGCCCUGAUCCAUGAAAGGGCUCCCUGUCCUUGGGUUCUGGGAUGGGAACCUAGAUGGGCAGGGUGGAAUCUAGACCUGUCCUUCUCAACAUCACCCGUGAGACCCCAACCAGCCGUCUAUGGGGGAGAUGAGGACCAGCUCUUUCCAGGGUGAGCCUUCACGCUUGCGUACGUGUGGCUGUGUGUGUGCGCACAUGUGUGCACGUGCGUGGGCCGAUCUGUGUCUGUGUAGCACUGUGGGGACGUCUCUGGGCAGCAGUGUGUGCGAAUAUGAGUCCGCAUGUGCAAUUACACAUAUCUGUCUGUGAGGCCGGGUCUAAACCCUGUCUCAGUGUGUGCCUGUGGAUGUCGGCAUGCACGUCAGCCUUCAGGGGGGACACGAGUGUUUGUAGGGGGCUGGUGGAAUAUACCACUUCCGGCCCUAGUCUGUAGUCUCAAGCUGCCUGCCACCGCCUGAAUUUCUACCUUUCAUCCCCUCUAGAUGACAAAGAGUUUACAGAUGACCCUAUUGAAAUGCAAGCACCUUUGGUGGGGGUUGUCACAGGGAUUCACCCGGAGCAUUCUGCAGGGACAGUUGCCCAGAAGGGGCAGCACCGCAAUGCCAAGAGGCGGGCAGGGGGCCAGGGGACAGGCCUGUGUGAUCAUCAUCACCCACAGCUGGCAGGGGGCUGGGCCAGGCCUGGAGCAGGGCCUUCUGACGCCUGACCAGCCCGGCUGCCUUCUUGGCCCAGCCGAGGCCUCGGUCCUAAACGAGUGGCUCCAGGUUCCCAGAACACACUUCCAUCGCGCUGGCUGGGUAUUGUUCCUUAAUUGUCCCAUCUGUGCAGGGUCUGCUGCCCCGACUAGACUGUGAGCUCCUCCUCUGAGCCUUCCAACCUUCUCCCCCACCCCCGCUCCCAACCUCAACGCCCAGCACAAGUAAGUGGGCCUGUUAUGGAAACCACAGCAGGCUUUGCCCAGCGGGAAGGAUGAUAUUAAUCGGUGGUUCCCAGCCCUGGCUGCAGAAGAGAACCACCCGAGGGUCUUUUAGAGAGCCAUGAUGCUUGGGUCCUACCCCCAGAGGUUCUGAUUUGAUUGGGCUGGUGUUCAGCCUGGCAUCAGAAAUGUUUAAAAGCUCCCCAGAAGAACCCGGGAGUGGGAACCAGUGGCCUAUCACCUGCCAAGUGCUUCCUUUGUGCCCUUGCUGGGGUGGGUAUGGAGAUCCAGGGAUGAAAAGCACCAGGUACUUCCUCCUUGGGACACUGAGGUCCUGGGUCCUCACGUGUGGAUGGGUGAGGCUGGUGUGUGUGUGUGUGUGUGUGUGUGUGUGUGCAUGCAGGCAGGUCUGCAGGGAGUGUGGGUGUCACUGUGUAUUAGCAUUAACAGUGUGCGAUGAGAGCACUUAGAGUGUGCCAGUCAGUGUGUGGGGGGGGAGGGCGGGGGGAAGAUGGGGUCUGCAAGGAAGGAGUGUCUUUGUGCAUCUGUGUGUGCCUGUGAUUCAGCACCUCUGUAUCAGUGUCACUUGUGCUGUGUGUGUCUUUGAGUGCCUGUGGGUGUCAGCACCGUUGUGCUGGUAGGUGGCCCAUCAGGACCCCCAGCCCAGGGGAGACCAGGCUGGCAGGAUCCAGUGCAUCUCCCCCUGGGGCAGUCUCGCCCUCUGGGUCAGGGUGGCUGAGGCAUUUUGUGGCCUUAAAACAGGGAGUCCAGGGUCAGCCCUCAUGGUGUUGGGGUUUGUUUAGCCCUGUUGCCCCUGAUUUGAUGUUUUGGGGAGACCCCUAGGGCCCGGUGCUGUACAGUUAGGAGAGGGGAAGUCUCAGCUUGGCUGUCCUGCCCCUGGGACCACAGACAGCCCUCCAGGGUGCCCAGCUAAGCCUGCGGACCACACGCCCAUCUCCUGGAAUGCCCCUCCCACCUUGCCUUCUCCGGGAUAUUCUGCCGCCUCUUUCCCUUUCAUUCUUUCUCCCUGUGCUCGCUGGCUCAGGCUCUCAUGGCCAGGGUGGGCCUCAGAGGUCUGAGCCCCUCACCUUGUAAAUGGAUAGGAGCAGGGGUGGGGGGGCUGGCCCAAGGUCACAUGGCUAGUUGGGGUGGAGCCAGCCUUGGAAGCUGUGCUCUACAGCCCCGAGGGUGUCACACUGCUGGCCACUGCCUCCUGCUGGCAGCCAGACAGCCCUGUCUCUGGGUGCUGGUACAGAUGUGACUGGGCACCUGCUCUAGGAAAGGUGCUCCCUCCCUGCCCCAAAUUCUGGCCUCUCAUCCCAGGCCACCGCCCCUCCCACACCAGAUCAGGCCUGGGUGCCCUGUGAAAGCUGCAUCCCUCUGCCCACCCAGGCUUUAGCUACUGCCCAGGUUCCCAGACAGAAGGGACUGUUUCCCCUCCCUGCCCUCUGUCUUCACAUAAGCCUGGGCUCCGAAUGAAGGUCAGUGUGUCCUUGUGUCCUCAUCCUGUGGACUUACCCCUGAGGACCAGGAAGGCAGGGGUGAGAGUGUACAAAUUCUUGUAUUUUCUUUUCCCUGGAUUCGAGGGGGUUGGGGGGGGUGGUUUCCAAGGUCUGUCCCAAGGAAAGGGGUGAAUGAGCCUGCACUGGGGAGUCCCUGUGGGGCCCCUGGUUGAGGUUCUGGGCUCUGGGGAGCCCUCCUCAUUUCCACAGGCAAGAUAGCACGCCCCUUUCUGUUGAGUCAGUGCUAUGUGUGAGGCUGUGUGUCUGUGAGGGUGAGGGUGGGGGGUGUGCAUAUGAAUGUGUGUGAGGGAAUGUGUGUGUGAGGCGUGUGAAUAGGUGUGAGGGUAUGUGCUGGAGUAGAAGGACCACUCUUUCCUAGAGAUCCCUGGACCCUUAGAGCUGGAAAGGACCUUAGAGACCAUUUAAUCCAGUGCCCACACUGUACAGGUGAGAAAGCUGAGGUCAGAGAGAUGUGGCACUUGUCCACCAUCACCCCUCCCUCAUGUCACCUGCAUUCGUUUCCCAGGGGCUCCGCUAGACGUGCCCGCCCUCCUGGCACCUCCCCACCCCCCACCACCGCACCCAUAAUCACAAUCUCAGCUUGACUCUGCAGGGCCCUCUGCCCCUGUGGCCUCCAAGCACCCUUCCUGCCCCAGGUGGCCAGUUCACCAAGGCCUUUAUCCCCAACCCAGAAGGGGCAGGGGAAGGAGGGGACUGCUCCAGCCUUGAGGCCUCAUAGACGUAAGAGAAAAGCCAACCCCUCCAUGCCCAGGCUCACCCCACCACCAAGGUAAAAGCACAACAGGAGACCCUCAUUAUUGGGUGAAAGGUAUUGGGGUCGUUGUAGUCACACGACCCCGUCCUCACCCCUUUGCCUUGCUCUCUGUCUCCACCCCAGCCUCUGUCCCCCCCUUUGUUCCUCUUUCACCCCCAAGCCCCCCGAAAUGUAACCUCUAGUUGCGGACGCGGAUGUUUCAAUAAAUAAAGCUGCAGUGUUCUAGUG